ACGCGUGCUUAAAUCUGUCAUUAUUAUAUAAAAUUUGUUUUUUUAUAACUUGAUACUGGCAAAUAGUUCUGACUUAUUACCAUAAAAAAAAACAAUUAGUGUCAAUAGUGAUUGUGAUUUUGAUUUGAGAUUUGAUUCGAAGUUAAUUUCGAGGUUAAAAUCGUAUGUAAUUAUAAUAUAAGCUAUCCAUUAUGAUCCCGCGUGUGACCCAAAACAUUAUUCGAAUCAUACGUACUGUGGAGCAAAAUGUUAUGAACUUAUUUGGCCAUCCACCAAAUGAGUUAGCCUUAGCUUAUGUUCACCAAAAUCCAAUCCAGCGUCAAAGAAAGGAGUUUUCUUUGAAGGAUUUUGUUGGAGAUGGAUUUCUUCUCGCAGUACCGAAAUUUCGAAGAACAGUGGAAAAGAGAUUGAAAAGAAAAUUUGGAUCACCUGAAUAUGUUUGGAAGAUGUUAGUUCCUAAAACAAAUAUAAUUGUAUGUCAUGAAUGUGGUCAUAAUCAUGAACGAGGACGCCUUUGUGGUAACUGUUAUAAGAAAAUUGAAGCUGAAACAAAAGAGAUCCAAGAUGUUAUAGUUAAGAAGCUGGGAAAUAAGCCAAUUGAAAAUGAUGUCAUAGUCUUGUAUGAGGGUGAAAAUUUACCAGAUCAGCCCAAGGAAUUUUGGGAAGGAAAAAGGAUUAUUGAAAUGAAGAAGGAAAGACCUACUUUUUUCAGUAAAAAUUUGUUACAAAAAACAACACAACAACCUUCAGAAUCUACAGAUGUGAAACCAACAGAUUUAGCGUAGAUGUAGU